AUGUUAGAAGGCCUUGCUGCCUGGGUGUUGAACACCUACGUCGGGGAGUAUGUGGAAAAUCUGAACACUGACCAACUGUCCAUCGGACUACUCAGUGGUGCUGUUGAGCUGGAAAAUCUUCCUCUGAGAAAGGAUGCCUUGAAGAACCUUGACCUUCCCAUUGAAGUUAAAGCAGGGUUCAUCGGCAAGAUCUCCUUGCAGAUCCCCGUGCGCCACAUCAAGAGUGAGCCCACCGUGAUCUCAAUCGAUAGCCUGUACCUAGUGGCCGGGCCGGCCGGCAAGGCCUCCUACGACGAGGAGAAGGAGAACCAGGCUAAGAGGGACAGGAAUAAAAAGCAGCUGGAGGCAUUGGAAUCACAAUGGAAGGCUAAGUUUGAGAAGGCUCAGACAGAGGCUGGUUCCUCGUGGUACGCUUACUCCACUUCACUCUUCUACAAUGUCCUGGAAAACAUACAGCUGAAAGUGAGAGAUGUUCACAUCCGAUAUGAAGACACCACCACGAUACCCAACGAGAGUUUUGCAUUUGGAAUCACCAUCAAGAGCCUCUCCGCACAGAGCACGGACGAAAACUGGAAAGCCCGAAUUGUCCAAGGCGAGAAGGAUGCUAUGCGCUUCAAGCUGCUACAACUGGAGAACUUUGCCAUUUACUGGGACACUAAUAUCCAGCUGUAUGGAGAUCUAGACAUCAACGACUUGAGAGAUGCUUUGCAGAAGAGAGAGGUUUCAGCUGAUGCACCGAGAGCACAGCAACACGAUUACCUCAUCCAGCCCGUCAGCGCCGAGGCAAAGCUUCGACGUAACGGCAGUCCCUUACCGUUACGAUCUCGCAGCACGCCGCGCUUCAUCUGCGACGUCAAUCUUCAGAAGAUCCCGCUGUCGUUAUCCGAGGAGCAGUACCACGGAGUGAUUGCCUUGGCUAGGGAGUUCGAGCGCAGUGGCAGGGCUAGAAUGUAUAGAAAAUUUCGGCCAAAGGUUCCCAUCCAAGCACAUGCCAGGGAAUGGUGGGACUUUGCGGUGACGUCAACGCUACACGGCAUCCGAGAGAGAAACAAGCGUAAAUCGCCAGGAUUCAUAUCAGAGAGGAUACAGAGUAACACACGUUACAUCAAGGCAUACACACUGGUACUAGAAGGCGCGACGCUAGACAAGGAAUCCAAGGAUUGUAUGGAUGAGAUGGAGAACAAGUUGGAGUUUGACGAGCUGAGGUUGCUCCGAGAGUUGACUUUUAGACAACUUGAGAAGCGCAUCGCAGCUGGAGAGGAGUUUUUUAAGACCUCAGACCAGGAUGCAUCUCAGCAACAGGGUCUGAUGCAGCGGUGGGUCUGGGGAUGGGGAGGGUGGUACUCAGGUGGAACAGCCUCAACGGACCAAUCAGAUUCUGGUGGGAGUGCCGGACCCGCUGGAUCAGGAAGAGCCACCCGGUCUACAUCACCCCCUCCAAUAGAUGAGCAGGAGCUGAUGGACGUGAUUGGUGACCCCAUGGCGGACAGCACCCUCCUCAAGCGAGACCACGUCUUCGCUCUCCUCAACCUCAACCUGCAAGGCGGCUCCUUCAAACUCUGCAGCACCACCCCCUCCCCCGUGACUGCAAACUCCGCCUCCAUGAGAGGGCCCGACAGCAUGGCGCCCAUCAUUGAGCUUGAGUUUGCCGGCGUGAAGAUGAGUCUGGAAUCCAGACUCCGGACGAGCUCCAUGCUGUUCAAGGCAAAGCUGGGGGCGCUCUACGUUCGCGACGUCAUGACUAAGGGAUCCCUCUUCCCUGUGUUGGUGUCGCCGCAGCAGAGAAGGGACGAAGGGUCUAGUACCCAAUCUCGUCAAACCUUUGGCAUACUCGCCAAGACCAGCGGUUCCUACAUGGCCCAGAGCGCUGCCUACAAGAGACAGUCUUCAGAGGAGACGCUGUUUGAAAUGAGCUACGAAUCCAACCCACCGAACUCCAACGCUGACUGCAGAUUGGAGAUCAUCACCCGCCCCCUGGACAUGGUCUACAACCCCUCGGCCAUGCAACGAAUCUCCGAUUUCUUUGACACCUCCACCGCCAGGACCAAAGGUCUGGCGUCCAGACCCUCGGAGCUCCAGCUCACCCGCAUGGCCAGGCUGCGGUACGAAGAACUGAAGAACCAGACUAAGCAGGAGUUGAGGCAGACCCUGGACACCCUGCUGGAAGGAGAACAGCAGGGUCAAGUCAGUCGAUGGGACGUCCAUCUAGACAUCUCCGCUCCUCAGAUCAUCAUUCCAGACAGUUUCCACUCCAAGGAUGCCACUCUGGUGGUUCUAGAUUUUGGUCACCUCCAGCUGGCUAGUGCCACGGCCAAAGGCAACUACGCCAAGUCACAGACAGCUACAGAUACCUCGUUGACAGAUGAUGGUGACCUUGACCUUGAUGAUGAUUUCUUGACCCCUCCGUCCACUCCACCCAAUGAGUCAAGUGUCGACGGUCCCUCGACGUCGGCUGCAGUGACCACCGACAGAGCAGUUGAUGAAGGAAAGACUGACCUACAAACCAUCGACUUCAACAGCGGUGUCACGGAGACCACAAUGAGAGAACGCAUGUAUGAUAGGUACAACUUGAACAUGUCGGAUCUGCAGGUGCUUGUUGGCAAGGCAACAGACAACUGGCGCAUCGCGCACACGAAGGGGUCGGGUCACAUGCAAGUCAUUGAGAAGUUUACGAUAUCGGUCAAGGUGGAACGUCGAUUGAUGUUCACUACGGACCCCCAGUGGCCGAGUGCCGUGGUGUCUGGCAACCUGCCAAGUUUGGCCAUACACAUCAACGAGCAAAAGAUUCAUGCCUUAAGUAUCUGCAUGAAGCUUCUGACUGGACCAAGCGAGGGCGCUGCACCCCCGGGGUCGACCGGGGUCACACUGACCGACGACCUCUCCACAGUGAACCGCACUCACACCACAAGUUUGUCUGAGAUGGAAGCCACCUUUACUCAGAGGACCCAAGCUCUGCUUGAGGAGUCCAAGCUUCUGGAGAUGCAGUUCUCUGUUGACCAGCUGUCGCUCAGCGUCGAGAGCAGAGGUCGUUGUAUCGCGGAGUGCCAAGUGUACGGCGUUAAGGCCAACCUGGGCAAGCAGCCAUACAACACCUCGGUCUCCCUGACUGUACAUGGCCUGUUACUCAUCGAUGCCUUGCAACAAUUCGGACCUGAGUUUGAACUGCUGCUGGCAUCGCAUCGACACCUGAGUAUGCAUGCCGCCAGUGGUAGCAUCGUCGACAGUGAGCACUCCACCCCGAGAUCUGUCCAGUCACCCACAUCCCCUCAGAGUCCUGCCUCCCCUACUGAGAAGAUGAUGGACACGUCCAGUCAGUCAGUACUUGCGUCUGCCCUGUCAGCCAUGGGCAAGUCCAUUUCAGGGACGUUGCUGACGGGCAAGUCGAGCAGUUCCCAGCUCCAGGAGCAGCUGUAUGCAGACAGUGUGAGACACACGGUGACAGACACGGAGGGGGAAGAGGCAGCAGAAGCCCUGAUAACCGUGGAGAUAGAGCUCAUCAGCGCCGACUGUCCGUCCAACACCAACAAUAGCCGGGAAGCUCUGCAGAUUGCUUCGGUGCAGUUCAACAACUUGGACGUUAUUGCUAACCAAGAGACGAUAGUAGAGCUACUGUCUUUCUUCCACCGAGCCUUUCCUGAGGAGAGCACUGAACAACCAGCCCAGAAAUCACUGCACGGAGACACGUCCACGUUUGAACUGGAAAGAAUCUCCGGUACUAAGACGGAGGUCACUGCCGAUUUUCAUCGCCUGAACGUCGUACUGGUGCGUGGUGAGACGGACCAACAAAAGCACGUGAUUGGUCGGAAGGUAGCCACGGCAACAGUGACAGCUGCUCAUGUCUGGACUACCUUAGGUGGUGAUUUUCACUUGGAGGGCUCCCUCGGAGGUUUACAACUCCUGGAUGUGACUCCAGAGGGCAGCAAACACAAGACAGUCUUCAGCGUCGGACGAGACCCCCAAACUGCCGGUGAAUCAUCAAGCAGCACCCUAGUGCCCCCUAGGCCCGUUGAAAAUGAUCUGUAUCGCACCGCCAUUGAGCAGAGUAGCGUAGGGGAAGAUAUAGACAUCGAAGAUUUCAAGGCAUUUUCGUUUACUUUAAAGAAAACGGAAGGCGGGGGUGUGCUGACACCCCUGGUUGAAAGAUCCCGGAUUCCUGGGUUUAGUUUCAGCGACGGGGAUUCUCAAGCAAAGGAAGGCUUUGAGUUGACACUCCACUCGGCUUCGCUUGUGUACACCCACGUCCCACGAUUCCUCCACGAUAUCACGCUCUGUGUGGAUGAGUUCCAGAGCUCUGCCGCAACUCUUGCCGAUUCCAUCCAGAAAGCCGCAGCUGGGGUUGCCAUGGACUUUGUCCGCCAGAAAUCUGACAUGAUCGCUUCGGUGGCUUCCCCGAUGCUCUACAGCACCAGGAUAGAGACUCCCGUCGGUGGAAUGAGCAGGUCAACUCCAGACGCCACGGACGGCGGUGUGGUAGAGAUGAAAACCCCAACAGACUUCAAAUUCAAGAUGACCAUGGAGACACCGAUCAUCAUCAUCCCACGCUCUGCCAUCAGCUCAGAAGUCCUUGUCGCUCACUUGGGCAAGAUAUCAAUCACGAACACGUCCAUGGAUGCUGACAACACUCUAAGUAGUCCAAAUCAGGGAUCCUUAUCAGAGACCAGCCCUGUUGUACCGACUACAAGACUCUUCUUAGGAAUGCGGGACAUCAAGGUCUCCUCUUUUAACCACUUGGACUCCAAAUCCCGGGCAAGCAGUUUUGUCAGCACUGACAGUCGUGAUUCAGGGACCAGCAAGUCAAGUGCGUACAAGGGAACUACGAUUCUGCACGACACAUCCUUAGAGCUGACAAUAAACCAGCUUCCCGUGGACCCAGCCAUGAUGCCAAGCAACUACAGCUUGGACACUAUGGGCUCGGACGAUAGUCUCCUCCUAGAGGAACCGUCGCCGACAACUCUAGUCUCUGGAAGAAUAGUGUCCCCCUUAAAGGUGAUCCUGUCCAAGCACGUCUACGAGCAGAUCCUCCAAACGAUGGACAACCUCACCUACAAGGAAGUCAAAGAAACGGAACCUAAACGGACCUCCAGCACAGCGGACACCCAAACUCAAGGGGGCCUGUUGAUGUGGUCAGUCGACCCACCUGACAAUCAGCCCAACCCUGAUGUAGAUGUAGAAACUCCCGACCAAUCCACCAUGGAGAAUACUGAAAAUGAAACCAAAGAGUCCCACACCAAGAUCAAAGUCGACUUCCACCUUCCGGAAUUCUCUGUGGAGAUGUGCGGCGAUACCUGCGACGGUGGCCAGGGAUUGGUCAAUCUCACCUUCCAAAACUUCAGCGUAGAGUUUGAAAACACCACCCGAUACACCUCCUCGAUCAACGUCACCCUUCACUCGCUGGUCAUGGAAGAUUUGAUCCAGCCCCCGUUCUCGAAACACCGGUACUUGAUGGUGUCGACGGGAGGUCCCCCUCUUGCCAAACCCACCCCUAAGAUGUACCACUCUAGCUCUUGUCCUUCCAUCAGCACCAUGGUGUCUCCGCUCUCAGCCCGCCCGGGUUCCCUUCCCAGUGCCCUAGACAGCCCCCUUCUGCCUCGCUACAGAUACCACGACCAUCAUUACGGUCACCCAGGCGCCAAGGGUGUGCCUCUGAUCCCAUCCACCCCUCCGCCAUCGUUGAGCGAAUCGCUGGAGAAUAUUCCAGAGAGCAAGGAGACGGGGGAUUCGUUUGUCGACAAGAAUGCCCUGAUGAGAAUCAAGGUGAUGCUGGUGGACAGAGAUUGCCCAGAAUUUGCAACAAAAUACAAGAAGGUGAACAGGUUCGUAGAUGUAGCCUUCAACGCCUUGGACACCACCAUCAACCUGCAGACCUGGGUUGUCUUGCUGGACUUCCUGGGCAUCGGAGGACCUGCUCCCAAGAGUAGAGCCAGCCCGGAGGAGAAGGCCCUGCUCAGGAUUAAGCGGAAGGCAGCUGCCAAGGCAGCGGCUUCCAGAACAGAGGCUGAAGUUGCAACCUCCACAAUAGAUCUCAAAGAUGACAUCAACACCGAGAUGGUCAUCCAAGUGGGUUCCCUGUCCCUCCUCCUCAACAAGCCAGACUACGAGCUGGCCAAAGCCAACGUCUCCGACGUCUCCGCCCACCUCCUUCUGAUGGAUGGGAACAUGGAUGUCAGCGGGCGCCUCGGCAGCAUGUCUCUCCUGGAUCUGACCCCACAUGGGAAGCUCUACAGGGAGAGGUUCAGCACCAAGGGGCAGGAGGCUCUCAGCUUCAGCAUUUUCAAAUACGGGCAGCCGGAUCCUAACCUAGACCGUGACUUUGAUCUGAGCAUCAAGCUGAGGAUGUCCUCAGUCCGCUACAUUCACACCAAUCGCUUCCAGAUGGAGACGGUGGCCUUUGGGCAGCACUUCAACCAGCUCCAGGAGGUACUGGGGAACAUGAGGGCCGCCAGUGAUGGAAUCCAGGUCAAGGAGGACCCCAAGCGUGCCUCUCGCAUCUCCCUGGAUAUUGAGGCUGGUUCCCCAGUCUGUAUCGCACCCAUCAGCUCCAAAUCCAAGGACGUUCUGGUCAUGAACCUGGGGAACCUGACCCUGAAGAAUGAAUUCCUGUUUGCUGGGUCACGGGGAACAAUCGCCAGGCUUCCUUCUAAAGUGUCUUCUGUCGAUGUCCAAUUCAGUAGGGAUACCACCUGCUUCCUGGACUGCAUGCACCUAGACCUAGUCGACAUGGAUCUCUUCUCAGCUGAGAGGGUUGAGCACGUUGACUUCGAUGCCAGGGACGACACGGCCAUGAUCUUCCCUUCAUUUGUCAUCAGUCGUAAGGGAGGCCGUCUUCUGAAGAACACCUGUCGACUCCGACUACAGGUGGAUCGGAACCUGGAUGCUGAUAUCAGCAGAGCAGUGCCCGAUUUCAGCGUGUCUGGUACCCUGUCUUCCGUCCACUGUUCACUGGACGUGGCUCAGUACCAGCUGAUACGAGGCAUGCUGGAUCACAACCUAGGAGAGAAACUGGAAGAGUUUGAAGCCAUGCCGAGGCUGCAAAACCCUGUUAACCAGACCAUCCUGAGUGGCCAAGUCUGGACGUCCAUCUCCCUCAGUGUCCAACUGGUCAAUGUGACCCUGGAGCUCCUCCACGCCCACCAGCGAGGCCACGCCCCCGAGAGGUCUCUGGGCAAGUUUGACUUCAUCGAGUCCUGCUUCUCCUUCGAGAGCUUCUCCGACACCACCAAGGCGAUUGACCUGGUGUCGCACGCCAUCCGAGCAUCGGACACCAGAUGGCAAGCGAAUGGCGCCAGUGACAAGCCUCCCACCAACGUCUUCUGGGAGGUUCUAACCCCCACCCGGCACCACAGCCGCAACCCUAACCCCUUACAGCUGGAGCUACACUACGCCUCCCAGCUGGACCACACCCGGGCCACGGUGCUGCUCAACAACAUGAGGGUCAUGUGCGUCAUGGACUUGUUACUAGCCGCGAAGGAUUUCCUGCUGGACUACGACUCCAAGGCAGUCCAGUCCGUGGCAAAUACUUCAGGUAAAGCACAUGGGGCCUCAUCCGAUGGUUCCUCCAAUCAAUCGUCAGCUCCAUCCUCAACGACGACGACACGAGACAAGCGAUCAGGGACGCCAGUCAACGUGGCGUCCGGGAUCUUCACCAAACGAGCUCAGGCAACAGAAAAGAGUGACAACCCAUUGGAGAUUUGUCUGAACAUCACCGAGACUGAGUUUGUCGUCAUGGAGGACACGGCUUGUAGUGAUUCCAGUGCGGUCAUUCUCAAGGCAACAUGUGCUGUGAUGACUUCCAAGAUGGAGAACAAAGAAAACCCUCUAUCUUGCAGCCUGGAAGGUCUGGAAGUCUUCUCCUGCUGCCUAAGCAACGAGGGUGAGACGGCGCUAUCCAUCGUAGAGCCUGUCACCAUCAACAUGGAGCUGAAGGCCAACCCUACCAGCUUGGCAUCCCAGGGUCGGAUGAGCGGCUUACUGGACGUCAUGGAUGUACACAGGACAUUGGAGGUUCACAUCCAAGCAUUGAACAUCCGAGUGUCGUACCACGAUGCUAGACUCUUCCUAGCCAUCAUGAACUCCUUACCGGCGCAAUUGCUUCAAGCUGAGAACGAGGAGAAAGGAGACACACCCAAGAAAGCCAGCAGCAACAUCUCCAAAUCCAAACAAGUCUCUAAACUGCAGGAGCUUGGCUUCAGUCGCGAGGACUGCAAAGUGGCCUUGACGAAGAGCGACGGGGAACUAGACCAGGCCGCCUCCUGGCUGCUUGAGAAUGCCAAACCAGUGCAGAAGAGUCUGGUUCCCAGACAGAAGCCUGGCGAGGAGGAGGAAGGGGCGCUAGAGAUUGCGGGAGUAGAGGUCCGUGCGGGGUCAGUCAGCAUCUGUCUGAUCGAUGACUGCAAGGAUUCUGACGUCCCUCUGAUUGAGGUCAUGCUGCAGAACCUUCACGUCUUCCAGAAGAUGUUACCCAACAGGCAGGGCACUGCCUCGGGCACCCUGCUGGGAGAUUACUACAACAGGAGCAUGUCUGGCUGGGAACCCUUCAUUGAACCCUGGAAACUUAAUGUUGAGUGGCUUCAGCAGGACGAAACUGCAGAAUAUCCAGAGAAAGUCUUCGUCCAGUGCAAAGUUAACGAUCGCCUAGAUCUGAACCUGACUAGCGCCCUGAUGGACCUGUACAGCAACACCAAGAAGAACUGGACUGAGGAUUACUACAAGACGGGAACAAAGGAAGGUCUACCAGCUCGCCACAGGUCUCCGUUUGUCCCCUUUGCCCUCCGGAACCUGACUGGUUGCAAUCUCUGGUUCUCGACUCUCACUACAAAUCCCAACAGGGUUGCCACUAGUCCAACAGAGAAACUGGCGUCUCCUUUGGUAUCUGUGGGCGGGGCUAGCUCUUGGACGGAGGUGUUACCAGGACAGGAGGUCCCGUUUGUCUUUGAAGAGAAAGGCAAACAGAGACAUAGAAAUACUCACGAGUUGCGGGUACACCAGCUGCUGGUCAGAGUGGAAGGCUGGGAACGCAUGGCCCCGGUCUCCGUCGACAAAGUGGGAAUGUUCUUCAGACUCGCUAAGCCGGAACACACGCACAUGACUAGCAUAUUUACCAGUCAGCGAGUGGCGCGAGUUCUCUUCCAUGUGACACUAGAGGGCAGUGCACGCAAGCUGGUGACUGUCCAAUCAGCACUGACGGUUGUCAGUCGUCUGAACGUCCCGAUGAACGUCAAGCUUAUCAACCCGGACUCGCCCACAGACGUACCCAUCACCCUCCCCCUCCUGUCCCCCAACGCCACCCUCCCCGUCCCCCUCUCCCACACCGACUGGCUGAUGUACAUGCGCCCCCACGGCUGGGGUAUGGGGUUCUGCGAGUCGCCCGUCAAGUGGCAGUCGGUCUACACGCCCAAGGCCACCGACACCCAGCCCAUGAAAUGCAGGCUAGGCAGUAGGGAUGAAGACGGCAUAUUUAGGUUUUGGGCCUACGUUCGUCACGAGGCCUUCCCCCACGAACCAGCGGCCAAACGCUCGGCCUCCUUCUCAGAGCUCUCACGGAAACAAGACAGCGUCUCCCAGGAGCUGCAGCCGGGCCACACCGUAACCUUGCUCCCGCCAAUGGUGCUGACCAACCUCUUGCCGUUUGAUCUGAAAUACAAGAUGCAUCGGACCGGCGCCGUCGGCAACAUUCGCCCCGGGAAGGAUGAACCCAUAUACGAUACUGAUCUGAACCAAGCCAACGACAUCAGCUUCACCAUGGACAACUUCCCCAACUGCUACACCCCGCUCUCCCUACCCCAACGUCUGACCAAGGACGCUUACGGUUAUAUCAUGCUGAGGGACAGUCACGCUAAGAAACGCCGCCUGCUUCUGAAGGCGAGGGUGGAGUGUCGUGCAGGCAGAUGUCUCAAGAUUCUGAUCUCUGCACGUUACUGGCUCCUCAACAAGUCAGGGUUGCCACUCAUAUUCAAGCAGGAGGGAGCAGACUUUGAGGCAGCCGGGCAGUUUGAAAUCCACGAACAAGCUAGGAGUGUAGCCCCCUUGGUGUUUUCGUAUGCCGACUCGGAGUACGCCGAAAUGUGCACGAUGCGAUUAGGACGAGGAAUCAUCGGUCUCAAGGACGUACCGCAGUACUGCCAGCGCAUAUCACUAGAGGGCGGUUCAGGAGUCCGAUCAUUGCGUGUUUCGCAACAGGGGGGCCGGCCACAUAUGGUGUACCACAUCGGUAUUGACAUUCGACCUGGCCGGGGUCGUUACCAUGACACCCAGAUCGUGACCUUUGUGCCUCGUUUUCAGUUGGAGAAUCGCUCCAGUUGCAAUUUGGCCUUUGCACAGCGUCACUUCGUGCAGGGAAUGGGGUUUAAGAAUCCUAACCAGUACCUGUCAGUGAUAGAAGGCUCCAGUGUCAUCUUCCAUUGGCCCAGGGAUGACCUGGAUAAACUCCUGUGUGCACGCAUCGCUAGCGACCAGACAUGUAGGUGGUCUGGGGGCAUGAGGAUUGAUCUGCCAAGCUCAUUCAAUAUCAACAUGAGGAGCGCCAACAACCAAUCCAACAUCAUGCAUGUUGCUGUCAGUCUCGUCGGUGCUACCUUCUUCGUUGUCUUCAGCGAUGCCAUCCAUGUUCCUCCUCCUUAUAGAAUAGACAACAUGUCAGAGGUUAAUAUCAUCUAUUACCAGUCUAAAGUUGCUGACACCAACCUCCGAACAGUCCUCAGAGCAAAGGCCUCAGUUCCGUAUACUUGGGAUGAGUUGGUCUUACCAAGGGAGCUGUACUGUGAAGUCAAGGGUGGCUCUGGAGCAACAUACAAGCUGGACACUCUAGGGGAUGGGGUACCACUGUACUAUGAGAACUUCAUCUAUCUGUGCCUGACGCAUACAUGCAGCGGUUCCUCGUCGCCGUCAUUUUCUAGUGGGUCGCUGAAGAGGAAAGAUGAUUACACCUCCGCCAAUCUUGUCUUCGACAUCAUGCCCAACGGCAAAGCUGUCAUCCUCCGACGAAAGGAACCUGGAAAGCGCAGCCAGCUCUGGCGUAUGACGCCAUCGGGCAUGCUGCAGAACCAGGUCUUCACGCCGCCGCGCGAUCCCAACAAAGCGCCCUCCAGCACCCACGAUCCCUUGGUGUUGGACAUCGCCGACCUGGCUGCCAAUCCCAACUCCUUCAUGCCGCUGGUCAUGCGCAAGCCCGACGAGAGGAGGAAAGGCACGCAGACGUGGUUCUUCAAAGAGGAUGGGCGUAUGAUCUGUCAUCUCGGCGGUCUAGCGGUACAAGCCAAGGGGGGCGUCAUGGGGCUACGAGAAGGUUGUGAAGUCGUCCUGGGUCCGGCAGACAUCAAGCUCAAGGAUCGCGUUCCCGUCGAGCAGGCAAUCCACACCCAGAAACACCUACCGGGUAGUGGGUGCCUAAACUGCAAGGUGCUUGCCGAUGGACCAACCAGGGUACUACAGAUAACCGAUAGCUGGUUACAGUCACCAACACAGGUCACAGUUUCAGGAGCUGGACAAGCCCAGAAAGAUGAGUGGAUGUACGUCAAGGCAGCCAAGGAGAACAAGGCUAGCGGAGAGACCAGACCCGUGGUCAGAACCCACGACACACAGGGUGAUAGGCCAAAGGUCAAGGAAUUAGAUGUUGUGUUCUUCUUGAGGGAUGGCCUGGGCGUGUCGCUAGUCAACAGAACACCGGAAGAGGUUUUGUAUAUCUUACUGUCUGGUCUGGAGGUACAACACGUCAGCACACGGCAAGAAAUCACCCUCAAAGUCCAGAUCAAAAACAUACAGGUGGACAAUCAGCUGACCGGAGCACAGAAGCCAGUUGUAUUGUUCGUCACUCCAUCCCAAGAUGACAAACCGAGCAUGUCCAGUACACCGGCAUUGAGUAUAUCGGCAACGAAGCUACCAUCAUCUCAUGAAAUGGUGGAUAUUUACAAGUUGUUGUUUGUCAAUCUUCGUAAGAUGACCCUGAACCUUGAGGAGCUGCUCUUGCUCAAGCUGAUGCAGUUUGCCGGAUUCGCUCAGUCGGACAGCGAGAUUGAAAAGAUGGACGAGAGCUAUUACAACUCACUCAGACCUGUGUCCGUAGAACAGAAGGCCAAACGCUACUUCUUUGAGACGCUGAAACUCAGCGCCACCGAGUUCAAACUGAGCGUGCUGACAUCGUCCAAGCUAACGCCCGACCUCCAAGCCCUCAAGACUCAGCAGAGACUCUUCAUGAUCCAGUUUGAGGACGCCCCCGUUUCCUUGGACCCCUUCACUAGGCUCCACCCCUUUGAGACGCAGGAAUUCCUCAUAGACGCUGCAGUCAAACACUACACAGAGGAGUUGAAGAGUCAAGCAGUCAAGAUCUUGGGUUCGGUGGAUUUCUUGGGCAAUCCGAUCGGUUUGAUCCAAGACCUCCGAGACGGUUUGAAGGAGCUACUCCUCGAAGGCAACGUGACUGGUAUGGUCAAGAACGUCACCCACGGAAUGUCCAACACAGCUGCUAAGGUGACCGGCUCCAUAGCCAACACUCUGGGUACCGUCAUCAUGGACAACCAUCACGAAGAGAUUCGCAGCGACAUCCGCGGCUCCCACGACGGGAGUAGCUCUGGUCACCUCAAAGCCGGUGUCCGGGGGUUCACCUUCGGCGUAGUGGGCGGGCUGACCAGCAUCUUCACGCAGACCUACCAGGGCAUGACGGAAGAUGGUGUGGAGGGUCUCAUGAAAGGUUUAGGCAAGGGAGUCAUCGGUACUGUAGCCAAGCCCGUGGCUGGCGUGAUGGACCUAGCCUCAGGCACCAUGGCAGCCUUGCGUAGCUCCACCAGCAGCGAGAGCCACCUGGUUCCCAACAGGGUGAGGCUGAUGCGCUGCUGUGUCAACCCAGCCGGUAUGCUUCCCCGGUACUCUGCUUACAACGCUCGGGGGCAGGAGUACAUGCAGAAGCUGUGUGAGUCGUCCAACGGCAAGGAAAGAUUUUUCUCCAUGGAGACCUUACGAUCGAGUCCAACUGAAGGCAUGCAGGCAUUGAUCACCAGUGAGUGGACGUACUUCUUGCCCAUCAAUGACCCUCUCUCCCCCGUCCUACAAGUCAUGCAUUCCGAGCUUUUCCAUGCAAGACACAUACAGCAUGGUGGAAAGCACUACAUUGAGCUGACCAAGAUGGCGAACACAGAAGCUGGGGUACUGACGUCGCGGUACGACUCCAAAGAACGACCCAAAGUAGGCUGUGACAAUGAGAAGAUAGCCAAAAAGGUAUCACAGCAAAUCAACUAUGCCAAGGGAUGCUAUGAGGAACUGAAGCAGCAAGUCAUGAUGGAUACCACCGACAACAACCUGAAACUGGAACUGGUGAAAGAAGAUGAUACAUGAAACGGUCGUUGGUAAAAGGGUAACACAGGUUCAUGAAAAAUAGGAGCGUCUGUCCCGUUUGGGUUUGAAGGAUAUGUACAUGAAAUAGUUGUAGGCAACCAUGUAAAUCAGGUUCAUGGAGAGCAGAUGUCAGUUAUGUUUUGAACUUAUACAAUACAUGCUGAUGCUACAUGAAAUAGUUGCUGAUAAAUAAGGAGUUACUAUUUCAUCCAAAGCAGAUUAUCAAUCUGUCAAGUUUAUAACUUGUGACGGAUGAUACAUGAAACGGCCAUUGAUAAAAAAAAAGCCACAACCUGAUGCAAACAUAAACUGUAAAUAUUAAGCUACACCAUUCCGUUUUUUUAAGGCUACAGUGACGUGAUGUUAUUUAAUUUCGCAAUUAAAAGAAAACUGAAAAUUUGUUUUACGAGUGAGCGCACCCAUUUCAUGGAGGCUGCUGAUGAGCAGGAAACAUCACUAAGCCCAAAGAGCCUACCCAAAGAGCCUACCCAAAGAGCCUACCCAAAGAGCAUGGACAGGCCUCCUGAGGAGUAACUAAUUGCCUUAAGGGAUUAAACUGAAAUGGGCUCAGUCAAAGAUAAACAUCGAAAAUCCUGGUAUGAAAAGGGCCCAGGCUUUUAAAAGGGAAAAUCACCUCAUGACUCCAGCUGGUAGUGUAUUAAAUUUUAAUUAUUUUGCGAACUGUAAAAAAAAAUUGACGAAAGAAGCUUGAUAUUUUUUUGUUAAGUAUUUGCUUCACCCGAAAUUGAAGUCUUAUUGCCAGUUCAUACUUCUUGCGAAUGCAAUGCGAAUUUGACAUCACAAAGUAUUACCUGCGAAAUUUGUAGGAGCUGAAAUAUGUUCAACUUUUGCGAAUUCUCAAAAUUUGAAAACGUCACAAAUUGGCAUUCGCUUUCGCGCCGGCCUUUAACUUUGCAAACCGGCCUUCAACUUUGCCCAUGAAACAAUAAUUAAAAUAACAUGCAACAGACAAGUGAUAUUAUUUUGAAUAUUUUUUUACCAACACUUUUCUUUUCUUUAAAAUUAAAACGAUUAACUGUUUACAUUACAGCUGUCAGAUAUACUUUUUAUGUUCUUUUAUUACUGAAAAAAAAUAUGCAUAAUUACUUAUCAUAAAUUUUAUUAUUUAUGUGGGGUUGAUAAAGCGUGCUAAUUAAAAAUUGCCAAAAAUAGUUGGAAGUUUUUUGCAGAUGUUAAAAAAAUAAUUUAACUUGAGGAUUUGCAAAGUUCGGUUGUAUGGGCAGUUUCUUACGACAAAACUUUACGGAAUGUUCGAGGUGUGUUGUAGUUUACAUUAGUACCAAUGUGUCACGUCGGAAAAUCAUUGAAAUUGUGAUGGAAAAUAAUGGGGAUCAUUAUAUUAUUUUGCUGUUGGUUUCGCCAACGGAGUGUAUUUCUUAAGUGUGUCAUUUUACAAAAGAAUAGUGUUGUGAACAUCUAUCUAUUAAGGUGCAACCAAUUAGAAGUGUUCUAUAAAAAGAACUCUAGACCAUUUGACUACACGUUCAACAACGAUGCCAAUGCAAUAAUGUACAGUAAUGUCAGUAUAUAUAUGUGUAAAAAAGAAUGAAAUAAAAAAAGUUUAAGAGAUGCCUACAA